CAUGCCUGCCCUGAAUCACAGCUCGUCCCAAAAUGUGCUCCCACACGCUCGACCUGCCCUUCCGAAAUGCCCAGGGUCAGCAGUAUUGGGCAUCUGUGCAGAGCGCCCAGCGCCCCUCUGAAAGCAGUGUGUCACCUGCCUGGAGCGUUGCGGUAAAUCGGUGGUGGGGAAAGGCUGAUCUCCCCUCUCCCGCUCCUGUGCGAGGCUUCGUGGUCUUUCCCACCGCAGACGGCCUCCUCCACGCGAGCCCUGACAGCACAGAACGGGCACCAGCACGGAGAGGGCAGGAGGGUCAGCGUGAGCGGCAGCUCUGGGUGUCCUGGUGUCCUCCCGCUUGCACUGCCGGCUCAUGGCUUUCUCUGCUCUUGCUUCCAGGCAGGUUUCGUGCUGAUAACUUGAACAAGCUGAAGAACCUUUGCAGCAAAACGAUCGGAGACAAAAUGAAGAAAAAAGAGCCGGUGGGAACUGAUGAGUCUAUACCAGAGAGCGUGCAGAACCUCGAUGAGCUCACGGCCGACAUCUUAGGGGGUCUCCAGGUAUCCCAGAUCAAGAAAGUCCGUGUCCUCAUUGACGAAGCCAUCCUCAAGUGUGACGCUGAGCGCGUGAGGCUGGAGGCGGAGCGCUUCGAGAGCCUCCGGGAGAUCGGGAACCUCCUCCACCCCUCGGUGCCCAUCAGCAAUGAUGAGGACGCGGACAACAAGGUAGAGCGGGUCUGGGGGGACUGCACAUGCAGGAAGAAGUAUUCCCACGUGGACCUGGUGGUGAUGGUGGACGGUUAUGAGGGAGAGAAGGGAGCCAUCGUCGCUGGAAGCCGGGGCUACUUCCUUAAGGGUCCGCUGGUGUUCCUGGAGCAGGCCCUGAUCCAGUACGCUCUGCAGACCCUCCGCGCCAAGGGCUACACUCCCGUCUACACCCCCUUCUUCAUGCGGAAGGAGGUGAUGCAGGAGGUGGCCCAGCUGAGCCAGUUCGACGAGGAGCUGUACAAGGUGAUCGGCAAGGGCAGCGAGAAGGCCGACGACAGCUCCGUCGACGAGAAGUAUCUCAUUGCUACCUCGGAGCAGCCCAUCGCGGCCCUGCACCGGGACGAGUGGCUGAAGCCGGAGGAUCUGCCCAUCAAGUACGCAGGGCUGUCGACCUGCUUCCGCCAGGAGGUCGGCUCGCACGGCCGGGACACCCGGGGCAUCUUCCGCGUGCACCAGUUUGAAAAGAUCGAGCAGUUCGUCUACGCCUCGCCACACGACAACAAGUCGUGGGAGAUGUUUGAUGAGAUGAUUGCCACGGCGGAGGACUUCUACCAAUCCCUGGGCAUCCCCUACCACAUUGUCAACAUCGUCUCGGGCUCCUUGAACCAUGCUGCCAGCAAGAAGCUGGACCUGGAGGCUUGGUUCCCCGGUUCGGGGGCUUUCCGCGAGCUCGUGUCCUGCUCCAACUGCACAGACUACCAGGCCCGCCGCUUGCGCAUCCGCUAUGGGCAGACCAAGAAGAUGAUGGACAAGGUGGAGUUUGUGCACAUGCUCAACGCCACGAUGUGCGCCACGACCCGGACCAUCUGCGCCAUCCUGGAGAACUACCAGACGGAGGAGGGCAUCCGCAUCCCAGAGAGGCUCCAGGACUUCAUGCCUCCAGAUCUCAGAGAGAUGAUCCCGUUUGUGAAGCCAGCCCCCAUCGACCAGGAGCUUUCCAAGAAGCAGAAAAAGCAGCAAGAGGGCGGCAAGAAGAAGUCGACAGGAGGAGAGCGGGUGCUGGAGGAGCAGAUGAAGAACAUGGGCGUGAACAGCGCCUAGCCCUGCUGUAUCCGGGGCCGCCUGGGACCCUGGGGGCCUCCUGAAUCAUCUCAGCUUUGUCACUGGCUCGCUGAGCCUCGGGCUGCACCCAUCAUCUUUGUUUCGGGGCCCUGUCGGUGUCGGGGGGCUGCCGGUUGCUGAGCCAGUGGCUCAGCAACGCUC